AUGAACUCACUUCAACCUCCAACUUUGAAUUUCCUGAACACCAUGUCGAGCCUCAAAUUAUCAGAGUCCCUUCCCCAAUCUCCAGCUGAAAUUUCAUUGCAUUUUUCGGCAAUCAAAGCAGGUGCUAUGAUUCAAGACCGAACAAUACUAUCCUAUGGGAAUUCAGGUAAGGACGUGUAUCUCGAAUCAUCUCUUACUCCAAAUGGUGUUAAAAGUUGCUUUCCGGCUACACGGGACAUGUUAUCUCCGCUGGUGCCAGAUAUAACUUUUUCCGACUAUGCAUGCGCUAUAUGCUUAGAUAUCAUGGAAGAUGAGAUCCAAGUUCGCGGCCUCCCCUGUGGCCAUGCUUUUCAUGUUACUUGCGUGAACAAAUGGCUUCUCUGGCGGCAAUCAUACUGUCCAGUAUACAAGGCUUCUUACCAGAAAGGUAUAUAUAUGGCAUGA